CUUCAAAGAACAUCCGCCGAAGGCAUUUGCAAGAAAUCACUUAUGUUACUGAGGGAUUUUGACUGACAGUUUAAACAUGCUUUACUAUGCGCUUAUUAAAACGACGUAAUAGUUUGCCUUAAUUUUCCAUAUAAUUUUGUCAACGGAAGUCUUUAUUGCGCUCGUCACCUGCACCUGUCAUGUCAAUUUUUAAUGCAACAAGUAACUUUAUUCGAAACGAUGCUUCAGCUGUACGGUUGUUUCGAAGGAGUGAGAGCUCUGAUGAUGAAGAAAAAAGGUUGAAAAGAAGAGAAAAGAACCGAGUUGCUGCACAGAGGAGCCGCAAAAGACAAACCCAGAGAGCUGAUGAAUUGCAUGAGGCGUAUGAAUGUCUGGAACAGGAGAACAGUCUUCUGAGGAAGGAAGUCCAGCUUUUGAUAGAGGAACAGCAACGCUUGUCGGAUGCCCUCAAAGCCCAUGAGCCUUUGUGCCCUGUCUUGAACUGUGGUAUGACCUCCACAUCAAGGUCCACAGGCACAGUGCCACCUGAGUUUAUGUCUAGAUAAAGACACUCACGUCUUGCUCAUGAUGUCCGAAUUUCCAUUUAAGGAUAAAUUAAGCGUACUUGUAAUCAUGCAAGAGAUUUAUGCAUACUAGCAGCAUGCAACUGAACUGUUUUUUAUUCUAAAGUAUUAUCUUGUGAGUUCAGUAUGCAGUGUUUUCCGUCAACAUGCAGGCUUGAAAUUGCAUUGUAACAAGUGGUCAGAGCACAGAAUCUCUAGUCAUAUGUUCGUUUUUCUCACGCCUCACGUGAAUGCAUCCACUUUGGUAUUUACUCUGAUGGAGUCAAUAACCACUAACUAACCAUCUGUUAUACCACAGUUAGCUGGCUGUGAAUGAACGACAUGCGACGAUGGACUUCUGCUUUAUGAGAGCCAAUCUGACCAAAAUACUCGAGGUUAGUUUCAAAAGUCAACCUGACUGCAGGUUUAAGUCUACGUGUUAUUAAAUAACCUAGGCAGCUUAAUUCAAAUGUUAGUGUUACAUUUCUGUUUUGCUUGAUUAUGUUUUACUGUUGGAGUGUGUUGUAAGUAUUAGAAAAAUAAACAAUUAUUUAAAAAAAAAAAAAAAAAACUUUCUGUUUAUGUGACUCAGACUCAAAUUGAAAUCCAGAAAUUACUCAAUCUGAAAUAGUCAUGCAAUUUCUAUUAAAAUGAGGUCACCAAAUCAGAAGAAAGGACCAGGAUGUGUAGUUUUCUUCUCAUUUGUGUUGAAACCAAAUCUGGGGGUGGUUGCGGUAAGAUGGUGGUCAGAUUUUUUUUCUUGAAUGUAUCACUUCCUCAAAGUGCUGUGGAUUUACCUUCCUAACCAGCGUGGGGUACACACUUCUACAUUUCUCUUCCGGUUUUCUCUUCUCUUCUGAAAAGUCCUAGAGCUCUGCACGGACCUGUUGACUUUCAUUUUAAAAUUUUAAGUGAAAGCACUUUUUAACUAAUGUUAAAAAAAAUCAUAAAUCUGUUCAUUUGAGUAUAUUCACACUGUUAAAAAUAAAGGUUCUUUGUUUGUAUCAAUGGUUCUAUGAACCUUGAACAUCCAUGGAACAUUUCAAAUGCAGAAAAGGUUCUUUAGAUUUUUAAAAUGUUCUUCAAAAUGGUUAUUUUAGGAACUGUUCACUGAAAGGUUCUUCGGGACACCAAAAA